AUGGCUGAGAUAUUUGGCACUGUCGCUGGCGCCAUAAGCAUGGCUGGCCUAUUUAACAACUGCGUCGAUUGUUUCAACUACAUCCAGAUCGCUAAACAUUUCAGCCAAGACUUCUCGCGCUAUCAACUCCGGCUCGACGUCGCCAAAUGCCGACUAGCAAGAUGGGGAGCAUCAAUCAACAUCAACAAUGACCGACGAUUUAGUUUGACCGAUCCAGCCGAUCCCACGGUUGUUCUCGCUCAAGGCAUUCUAGAAGAAAUAGUGGCCAGAUUUGAGGCCGCGUACAAGGUCUCCAGACGCUACAAACCCAGAACGGGAGAGGAGGGUCUGAGUAUUUGCACGGAAGCAGAUCUUGGCGCUGUUUCGCAGCGUGUGCAUAGUCGUUUCGACGUGUUUACUAAACAGCGAUAUAAGAGUCUGGGAUUGAUGAAAAAGACUGGCUGGGCACUCUAUGAUAAGAACUAUAUGGGAAGAGUGAUUGAGGACAUUAUCGCGUCAAUUGAAGACUUGGAGAAGGUUUUUCCUGGCACCUCACAGGUCGCGAGUCAAUUAGUCGAGAUGGAGAUUGAGGAGGUAAAUGACGAGCAGGAAUUGGAAGUGAUCCACGAUGCCGCUGAAGGGUUAGACCCUUUGUUGUCUGAUGCCUCCAAGAAUAAGAUCAUGGAAAUCGCUGGCAAAAACACUGCUGGAAAGAUCACUGGACCAGGAAUGGUCAACGUCGGCAACUCAUUUGUAACAGGGUCGUUCUCAAAUUCACAGGGGAUUCGGGUUAGUACAGUCAAUCAUGUGGAUGAGGUUAAUACUACAGAGUCAUCAAGAGUUAAUGUUGGUAAUACCUGGGGUGGCAAGGGGUUUUGGGAUUGA